GUUCACCAUGAGCUUCAACAGGCAUAACUUGAAAUACGACGUGUUGCCCAAGAAGCCCAAGAAGGUGGCGCUGGAUUGCUUGGAAUGGAUUAAGAAGUACCAUCCGCAUGACUCUGGGAUAAUUUACUGCCUUUCACGCCACGAAUGUGACACGACAGCGGCCGUUCUGCAGAAGGAAGGCCUUGCUGCUCUGGCCUACCAUGCCGGCCUCACCGACGCCAACAGAGAUCUCGUGCAAAAGAAGUGGAUUAAUCAAGAGGGAUGCCAGGUUAUAUGCGCAACGAUUGCCUUUGGAAUGGGAAUUGAUAAACCUGACGUGCGCUACGUUAUCCACGCUUCUCUCCCUAAAUCCGUGGAAGGCUACUACCAGGAGUCUGGCAGAGCUGGGCGAGACGGCGAAAUGUCUCACUGUCUGCUCUUCUACAGCUACAGUGACGUCACCAGGCUGAGGAGGCUGAUACUGAUGGAGAAGGACGGGAACAGUCACACGCGGCAGACCCACUUCAACAACCUGUACAGCAUGGUUCACUACUGCGAGAACGUCGUGGACUGCCGGAGAAUUCAGCUUUUGGCCUACUUUGGGGAAACCAACUUCAACCCCACCUUCUGUAAAGAUCACCCGGAAGUCACCUGCGAUAACUGCAGCAGAAAGAAGGACUACAAGUCAAGGAACGUGACGGACGACGUGAAGAGCAUUAUAGGAUUCGUAGGAGAGCACUGUGGGCAGAGGGGCAGAGCACACGCCAAGAGAAACCUGAGCGCUGGCAGAUACACCUUGAACAUGAUGGUAGACAUUUUCCUGGGUUCAAAGAGUGCCAAGAUUCAGUCCGGAAUCUUCGGGAAGGGAGCUGCCUACUCGAGGCACAAUGUCGAGAGGCUCUUCAGGAAGCUGGUGCUGGACAAGGUUCUGGAUGAAGACCUGUACAUCACGGCUAACGACCAAGCGGUAGCCUACGUUGUCCUGGGUGAGAAGGCUCAGGCUGUGCUGGAUGGAUCACUGCAGGUGGAGUUUCAUGAAACGGAGAAUGCCAGCGCCAUCCGAAAGCAGAGGGCUUCCGUGGGAAAAAUGUCCCAGCGGGAAGAGAUGGUCAGGAAGUGCCUCGGGGAACUCACUGACAUCUGCAAAACACUCGGGAAGGUCUUCGACGUGCACUACUUCAACAUUUUCAGUACUUCAACGCUGAAGAAAAUAGCAGAAACGCUGUCCUCCGACGUGGAGGUUUUACUGCAGAUUGAUGGCGUCACGGAAGACAAGCUGGAAAAGUACGGUGCAGAAAUCAUGAAAGUGAUGGAGAAGUACUCCGAAUGGGCCGCACCAGAAGCCGAAGAUGGAGUUACAACCUCCAGCUAUUUUUGCAAUAACACAACGCAAAGGAAGAAACGGAAACGGCCGCACAACUUCCGAGAGUCGAAGAGGAAGAAGACGAGCGGCAGUGGUGGCCAGCAGUUUCACCCCAGAGG